AGAGGAAGCUGUCUCGUUAAGCACUACCUGGCUUCUGUUUUGGCAGGUUUCUUAGGCUGGUUCCUUCUAUGCUCCUUGUUUUCUUGUCUAUUCGAUACGUUUCCUUGCAAAAUAUUAGAUUUUCUAGCCUUCCCUUUUAUUCUUUUUCUUGCUUCUUCUCCAUUGGAACUCUGCCAGUUGUAAAGAUGAUCUCUUUUUAAGUACACGCGAUGCUCUUGAUUUUCUUCAUAAGGAAAUGGGAUCGUUGAGCACUUUCUUGGGAAUUAUUGGUUUUGGAUUUGGACUUCCUAUUGGAGUUUUACUUGGGUUCUUUCUCUUUGUUUAUUCUCAUCCUAAAGAUGUUAAGGAUCCAGUGGUUAGACCUCUUCAUGAAUUGGACUCGAGCACCUUGCAAGAUAUCCUGCCUGCGAUUCCAUUGUGGGUGAAAUGCCCGGAUUAUGAACGAGUCGACUGGUUAAACAAGUUUCUUUUGAAUAUGUGGCCUUACCUUGACAGGGCAAUUUGUGCUACAAUAAAAAGUACGACAAAGCCUAUAUUUGCAGAGUACGUUGGGAAGUAUAUGAUAGAAGCAAUUGAAUUUGAGCAUCUUACUCUUGGAACUCUUCCUCCUACCAUUCAUGGUGUCAAAGUAUAUGAGACUAAUGAGAAGGAUUUAGUCAUGGAACCAGCAAUUAGGUGGGCUGGCAAUCCCAAUAUAAUUUUGGUGUUAAAACUAAUGUCUUUACAAGUCAAAGUUCAGCUAGUUGAUCUGCAAAUAUUUGCAGCACCGCGGAUUGCAUUGAAGCCUCUACUACCUACAUUUCCAUGUUUCGCAAACAUUGUCGUCUCCUUGAUGGAGAGGCCACAUGUAGAUUUCGGACUAAACAUUCUGGGUGGCGAUGUAAUGUCUAUACCUGGCCUGUACCGAUUUGUUCAGGAGAUUAUCAGAAAACAAGUAGCAAGCCUUUAUCUUUGGCCCCAGUCUCUUGAUAUACCUAUCCUUGACUUAUCAACUGUGGCUGUAAAGAAGCCUGUGGGGAUACUGCAUGUGAAGGUUGUGCGGGCAAUGAAACUCUUGAAGGCUGAUUUCUUGGGAACAUCUGAUCCAUAUGUUAAACUCAGCCUGAAUGGAGAGAAGCUGCCGGCAAAGAAAACCACAAUCAAGAAGAAUAAUUUGAAUCCUGUGUGGAAUGAGAACUUCAAGCUUAUAGUCAAGGAUCCUCAGUCUCAAGUUCUUCAACUACAAGUGUUUGAUUGGGACAAGGUUGGUGGACAUGACAGAUUAGGAAUGCAGUUAAUUCCUCUAAAAAUCCUGACACCCCAUGAUACAAAAGAAUUUACUCUUGAUUUGCUCAAACACACAAAUAUUUCAGAUCCUCAAGACAAGAAGCAAAGAGGGCAAAUUGUGGUAGAGUUAACUUUUGUGCCUUUUAAAGAAGAUAGUGCCAAAUUCAAUGACCCUUUGAAUGGUGGAGAUGAAAAGUCCUUUGAAGAUGAGAGAUUGAGUGGAGCAGGCUUACUUUCAGUUAUAAUUCAAGGAGCUGAGGAUGUAGAAGGGAAGCAUCACAAUAAUCCAUAUGCCUUAGUCCUUUUCAGGGGAGAAAAGAAGAAAACAAAGAUGAUCAGAAAAACUCGUGAUCCACGAUGGAACGAGGAAUUCCAGUUUACACUAGAUCAGCCUCCUUUACAUGAGAAGAUCCAUAUUGAUGUUAUGAGCAAGCGGACACGGUUUAGUUUCCGGGCAAAGGAAACAUUGGGCCAUGUGGAAAUAAAUCUUGAUGAUGUUGUGCAUAACGGACGUAUCAACGAAAAAUACCAUCUAAUCGAUUCGAAGAAUGGAGUGAUACAUGUUGAGAUAAGGUGGGAUACAGUUUGAGAAAUGGAGUGAAACUAUUUUCAGAUCAUACAAUAGCUACAGAGUUUUAUUACAGGACCAAGAGAAAACACAACAAUGUAUGUCUUUCUUUCUUGCUUGCUUACUGCAAUUAUGCCAAAUGUUGUCCAAACUUCAAACACUUAUCUAUAUCCUUUUAAAUAUCU